ACGCCAGUAUUAAGUUUCAAUUAAAAAUGAAUUCGAGAACCCAGACCAGAAGAAUCCCCGAGGUAGAACCUCGGAUAGAUUACGUGCAAUGCGAUGGAUUAGUAGUUAUGAAAAUGGUGAAGCAUUGUCAUGAAGAGUCGAUGAGUAACAUGGAUGUUGCUCAAGGUGCUCUGCUUGGUUUGGUUGUUCAAAAUCGUCUCGAGAUAACCAAUUGUUUCCCAUUUCCCAAAAACGAUGAGAUCAUGGACGAAGAAGAAUACCAGCUUGCCAUGAUGCGUCGCCUUCGUUGGGUAAAUGUUGAUCACUUUCACGUUGGAUGGUAUCAGAGUGCAGAUGUUGGCAAUUUCUUAAAUGUAUCUCUGUUAGAGUCGCAAUACCACUAUCAAACGUCCAUCGAGGAAUCUGUGGUGCUCAUAUACGAUACAGCCAAAUCAGCCAGAGGUUUUUUAACUUUGAAAGCUUACAGGCUUACCCCCCAAGCUAUACAAAUGUAUAAGGAAGGUGAAUUCACACCAGAGGCACUACGUACUUUGAAGAUCGGUUAUGAGAAUUUAUUUAUUGAGAUACCAGUUGUGAUAAAGAACAGUAACUUGACUAAUAUAAUGAUGUCUGAAUUGGAGGAAAUGAUUCCCGAAGAGGAAGGUACAAAGUACUUGGACCUUGGUACAGCCACAGUCUUGGAGAAUCAAUUACGUUGUUUGAUGGAUCGUGUGGACGAAUUGAAUCAAGAAGCUAUGAAGUUUAAUAGAUAUCAGCAGCUAGUCGUUCGUCAGCAACAAGAGAAGAACAGGCUUUUAGCUAAGAGAGCUCAAGAAAAUGCUGCCAGAGCUGCUAAAGAUGAGCCUCCGCUACCGGAUGAUGAUAUUAACAAACUGAUGAGACCUUUGCCUGUUCCACCUAGACUAAAUCCGAUGAUUGUCGCUGGACAGAUUAACACAUAUAGUGAACAUAUUUCUCAGUUCUGUGCACAAAGCUUAGCAAAAUUAUACAUUACUCAAAGUCUACAGAACGCCAAGGAAUCAAAAUCAUCUCAUUAAAACAAAUCCAACUGUAAUCUAAAAAUUUCCAACAUUAAAGAUUAAAAAAUGACAUUCAAAACAAUAAAAUUUUAUAAGAUUGUGAUUUUAA